AUGUCAAGAAAGAGCAUGGGAAGAAAGCUGGCUACGGCCGCAGCAGGUCUCAUAUGGUGGACGGGUGCCGAAGCACGGCUUACAGACUUUGUGGAUCCUCUGAUCGGAACGGUGGGACCAACGCCAGGCUCGACCAUUGCCGGAGGCAAUUCGUUUCCCGGCGCAGCUUUGCCAUGGGGAAUGGUGAAAGCGGGCAUUGACACCAGCUACCUUGGCCUUCCAGAAGGCCUGGGAAACGAUUGCAAUGCUGGCUACAGUCCGAUCGGGAACGUAACGGCCGUGAGCUUGACCCACGUCAGCGGCACCGGAGGAGUACCAACGUAUGGCCUCAUAUCUCAGAUGCCCCUCCUCGGCAGCCUCGAAGGCAUCAACCUAGCCGACAACACGACAUACUGGCAAAACCGCUCCCUCGACCUCGAAUCCGCCUCCGUCGGCCACUUCUCCACAACCCUCCUCAACGGCAUCAAAAUCGACAUCACAUCAUCCAACCACACCGCCCUCAUCCGCUACACCUUCCCGCCCGCCUCCUCAUCCCCCAACACCACCACCACCAUCCCCACCGGCUCCGCCCCCACCACGCCAUCGACGCUUGCCAAUACCGCCCACAUCCUCAUCGACCUCACGCACGUCCUCCCCGCCUGGGACGCCGACGCGCAGUCCUACUCGCAAAAAUUCCUCUCAGGCGCGCUGUCGCUGCGCUCGCAAUCGUACUCGGGCACCGCCACCUACACCGGCGGCUGGUCGCAGCCCGACACGCACACCCUGCACUUCUGCGGCAACUUCAGCAGCGCGGCGUCGACGGCGGCGGAGGCAGGUACGAUCAGUUGGCCGUACAGCCCGACGGUGCCGCCGCCGGACGCGCCGGUCGUGCGGCCGUAUGCGGAUGUGAGGGCGUCGGCGGGGUCGGGGAUGGGGGUUGGUGCGGUGUUUAGUUGGGAGUAUGGGGGGGCUGAUGGUGGGGGGAAUGCGAGUGCGGGUGCGGGGGUGGUGGUCGAGGCGCGGGUGGGGGUGUCGUAUGCGAGUCCGGAGAGGGCGUGUCGGUAUGUGGAGGAGGAGUUGCCGGCGGGGGUGAGGUUUGAGGAGGUGGUGGAGAGGGCGAAGGGGGAGUGGGAGGAGAGGGUGUUGGGGAGUGUGGUUGUGGAUGAGGAGGAGGAAGGUAGAGCCAAUGAGACGUUGAAACGGAUGCUGUAUUCGGCGUUGUAUCAGACGGGGCUGAUGCCGACGGAUAAGACGGGGGAGAAUCCGUGGUGGGGGGCCGAGGCUGGAGAGGAGCCGUAUUUUGAUGAUCACUACACGCUCUGGGACACCUACCGCACGACCCUCCCCCUCUACCACCUCCUCCACACCCCGACCUACACCCGCAUCCUCCACGGCCUCCUCAACAUCUUCCGCCACGAAGGCUACCUCCCCGCCGGCCGCACCGCCAACUGGAACGGCCGCGUCCAAGGCGGCACCCACGCCGACACCGUCUUCGCCGACGCCUUCGCCAAAUCCGUCAUCGGCGGCCCUCCGCCAGGCACCAGCAACAACAACAGCACCACCACCACCACCUCCUCCCUCCCCCUCAACGAGCUCGCCCUCUCCCCCACCGACUGGGCCGACGCCUACGCCGCCCUCGUCAGCGACGCCUCCGUCCCGCCCGCCCGCAACGCCGACCCCGUCGCCUUCGACGGCGCGACAAAGGAAGGCCGCGGCGCGCUGGACGAGUGGCGCGCCCUCGGCUUCCUCACGCGCAACCACACGCGCAGCCUCAGCCGCGGCGUCGAGUACGCGCAGAACGACUUCGCCGUGUGGAGCGUGGGCGCCGGCCUGCUGGACAACAACAACACGACGGAUGGCGGCGUCGUCGUGGAUGCGGACGACGUCGCGACGUGGCGGCGGAGGGCGGAUUGGUGGGUUGGGCAGUGGAAUCCGGAUGCGGAGGCGGAGCUGGAGGGGGUGGGGACGUUUAGGGGGUUUGUGGGGGCGCGGGAUGCGGAUGGGCGGUGGAAUUUGACGGAUUAUGAUCCGCGGAGCUGUGGGAAGUGUGGGUGGGGGAGUGAUAUAUACGAGGCGAAGGUUUGGGAGACGAGUUUCGCGGCGGCGCCGCAUGAUAUGGCGAAGGUGGUGGAGCUGAUGGGUGGGGACGAGGGGUUUUUGAGGCGGCUGGAUGCGAGCUUUUUGCCGGGAUUUGGGACGAGUGUGGGUGCGAAUAAUGAUGCGGGGAGUGCAUUGUUUAAUCCUGGGAACGAACCUUCGUUCGCAACUCCUUUCCUGUACAACUACGUGCCGGGGAACCACUGGAAGACAGUCAACCAGUCUCGCGCUAUUGUGGACACCUUCUACAGCGAUGCGCGGAAUGGCUAUCCGGGCAAUAUUGAUAGCGGCGCUCUCCCGUCCUGGCUCAUAUUCAACCUGAUUGGCUUCUACCCCAUUGCCGGCCAGCCACUCUACCUCCUUGGCACUCCACGCUUCUCCUCGCUAACUUUGAAGCUCUUCGGUGGAACUCCACAUGCGACACGGUUGCAAAUCCAGGCUGUCAACAUGACAGUCACAUCCUUCUACCCACAACGCGUUACACUGAACGGAGUUGCUCUCGACCGAGCGUGGCUAUCACACGCGGAGAUAGCAAAAGGUGGGAAGCUCGUGUUCGAAAUGGGUGCGGAGCCGGCGAAGUGGGACGUGGGCGACCGGCCGUGGUCACUGAGCUCGUGGUAA